UGCUCCUGCACCAUCCAUCAGGCAGGAGGCCGAGGGGCAGAGCGGGACACGGCGGUGGAGCUCACCGGCCCGGGAGGAAAAUAAAAUGAGGAAAUUAGUCAUGACAAGCCUGCAGCUGGAAAAUGAGGGAAAUCAAAAUCCUUCGACUCAGCGUGAAAGUUAUUUUAGUCACGACAGCAGGGCCGGGGGUACCAGCAGCAGUGCACCCCGUCUCGGCCGCGCUAGCACUGGGUCCCCACCCCACUCCCACGGCGGUGCUGGUGCCAGGCCGGCGCGCUCGGCCCCACGGGGUCCCUGCUCGGUAUUUAUAGAUUUUAUUAGUUUCCUCUUUCGGCCUGGGGAGCCAGCGGCAGCGCCGGGAGGGCCGCGCUGUGCCCCUCUCCCCUCAGAGCAGGAGGUGAUGGCUGCUGACCCCCUGGCCCCAGGCUGCUGAAGGGAGGGACGAGCCGCGGGGAUGCAGAGCAUCAAGUGCGUGGUGGUGGGCGACGGGGCGGUGGGGAAGACCUGCCUGCUCAUCUGCUACACCACCAACGCCUUCCCCAAGGAGUACAUCCCCACCGUCUUCGACAACUACAGCGCGCAGAACACGGUGGACGGCAGGACUAUUAACUUAAACCUGUGGGACACGGCUGGCCAGGAGGAGUACGAUCGCCUCCGGACGCUUUCCUACCCCCAGACCAACGUCUUCAUCAUCUGCUUCUCCAUCGCCAGCCCGCCCUCCUACGAGAACGUCAAGCACAAGUGGUACCCGGAGGUGUGCCACCACUGCCCCAGCGUGCCCAUCCUCCUCGUCGGCACCAAGAAGGAUCUGAGGAACAACCCCGAGACCAUGAAGCGGCUCAAGGAGCAGAACCAGGCGCCCAUCACCACCCAGCAAGGCGUCAGCCUCUCCAAGCAGAUCCGCGCCGUCAAGUACCUGGAGUGCUCGGCGCUCAACCAGGAGGGCAUCAAGGAUGUCUUCACCGAGGCGGUGAGGGCCGUGCUCAACCCCGUCCCGGCCAAGCCCAAGAAGCCCUGCGUCCUCUUGUGACGGGGCUGCCGGUGGGUCACCAGCGAGAGACGAUCCUGCCCCUGCCCCACCGCCCCCCACCCCGAGACACUGCCCGGUGCCGCCAGAACCCCCCUCUGCCCACCCCGGUGCCUCGCUGUCCCCUCCCCGGGGACGGUAGGACCGGGGCCACCAGCCCGAAACCGCCAGCUUUAAUAAUACAGAACCUCGUUUGCACUAACUGGUCGCCCGCCCCGGGGGCAGCGGGACACCCCCCACCCCCCCCCCCAGCCCCACAGGAUCCCCCCCCACCCCGGUCCUGGCUGUCAGCGUUUGCUUUUGGGUGACGCCUCUCCGGUCCCGGCACAGAGCAAUGAAUGCUUCCUGAGAAGGGGGUGCCCCCGGGGUGGCCAAACCCCCUCCCCGCCCCAAGCAUCCCAAAGGGACCUGCCACCCCCCUCCUCGAGCACCCCGUGGGGACCCGCCACCCCUGACCCUGCUGGGGGGGGGUGGGGGGUGGGGGAAAGGGAGGGGGUGUGCGGUGGGAGCCCCUCAGCCCCCCAGCGCUCAGCCACCUCCGAGCAUCCCUCUGCCACGGCCCCAUCCUGCUGUGGGGUGCUGGCGGCCGCGCCGGGGGGGGGGUGUGGGGGUGUGGGGUUGGGGGGGGUCUCCGGGGUGGGUGUUUGGGGUGAGGCGGGGAAGCCCGGCGCUGGCGAGAGCGGAGCCGGGGCUGCGCGGGGCGGUGGGACUCGCCUGUAACCAGCCGCUCCCCGAGUCGCUUCUCUUUUAAUAAAAAGUUCUGCCCAGGC